AUGAAGGACUUUGUGGUGUAUGUCAUGACAAGGGAGCAACACGUUUUUGGCAGAGGCGGGACCUCCUCAUCCCGCUGCGGGUCCCCGGGCCCAUACGUGGACACUUUCCUCAAUGCCCCUGACAUACUGCCACGCCACUGCACAGUUCGUGCGGGCCCUGAGCCCCCAGCCAUGGUGCGCCCUUCCCGUGGAGCUCCGGUUAUGCACAACGGGUGUCUUCUGCUGCGGGAGGCCGAGCUGCACCCAGGUGACCUGCUAGGGCUGGGCGAGCACUUCCUGUUCAUGUACAAGGACCCCCGCACUGGGGGUUCUGGGCCGGCAAGACCCCCCUGGCUUCCUGCUCGUCCCGGGGCCACACCCCCAGGCCCCGGCUGGGCCUUCUCCUGCCGUUUGUGCGGCCGCGGUCUGCAAGAGCGUGGGGAGGCGCUGGCCGCGUACCUGGACGGCCGGGAGCCGGUCCUGCGUUUCCGACCUCGCGAGGAGGAAGCACUGCUGGGCGAGAUCGUGCGGACAGCGGCCUCUGGAGCGGGAGACCUGCCACCGCUGGGGCCUGCCACGCUGCUGGCGCUAUGCGUGCAGCACUCGGCCCGAGAGCUGGAGCUGGGCCACCUACCGCGCCUGCUGGGCCGCCUCGCCAGGCUCAUCAAGGAGGCCGUCUGGGAAAAAAUUAAGGAAAUUGGAGACCGUCAGCCAGAGAACCACCCUGAGGGGAUCCCCGAAGUGCCCCUGACUCCAGAGGCUGUAUCUGUGGAGCUGCGGCCACUCAUGCUGUGGAUGGCCAACACCACUGAGCUGCUGAGCUUUGUGCAGGAGAAGGUGCUGGAAAUGGAGAAGGAGGCCGACCAGGAGGACCCACAGCUCUGCAAUGACUUGGAAUUAUGUGAUGAGGCCAUGGCCCUCCUGGAUGAGGUCAUCAUGUGUACCUUCCAGCAGUCUGUCUACUACCUCACCAAGACUCUUUAUUCAACACUGCCUGCUCUCCUGGAUAGCAACCCCUUCACAGCUGGUGCCGAUCUGCCUGGGCCUGGUGCAGAGCUGGGGGCCAUGCCUCCAGGGUUGAGACCUACACUGGGCGUGUUCCAGGCAGCCUUGGAAUUGACCAGCCAGUGUGAGCUGCAUCCAGAUCUUGUGUCUCAGACUUUCGGCUACUUGUUUUUCUUCUCCAAUGCAUCCCUUCUCAACUCACUGAUGGAACGAGGUCAAGGCCGACCUUUCUAUCAGUGGUCCCGAGCUGUCCAAAUCCGAACCAACCUAGAUCUUGUCUUGGACUGGCUUCAGGGGGCUGGGCUAGGUGACAUUGCCACUGAGUUCUUCCGGAAACUCUCCAUUGCUGUGAACCUGCUCUGUGUGCCCCGCACCUCCCUGCUUAAGGCUUCAUGGAGCAGCCUACGAACUGACCACUCCACCCUGACACCUGCUCAGCUCCACCAUCUGCUUAGCCACUACCAGCUGGGUCCUGGCCGCGGGCCACCACCGGCCUGGGACCCUCCCCCAGCAGAGCAGGAUGCUGUGGACACAGGCGACAUCUUCGAAAGCUUCUCCUCUCACCCGCCCCUCAUCCUGCCCCUGGGGAGCUCACGCCUGCGCCUCACGGGCCCAGUGACAGACGACGCCCUGCACCGUGAACUGCGCAGGCUCCGUCGCCUCCUGUGGGAUCUUGAGCAGCAGGAGUUGCCAGCCAAUCACCGCCACGGACCUCCCGUAGCCUCGCCUCCCUGAAGACCAAUAGCAAAGGAGCGCGCGAACCUUGAAAAUUCUUGGGCUUCUACUCACUGGAGACCGCCUGAACGAAGAGCUUUCUGGGAGUUGUAGUUCCCGUCCCCGCGCGGAAAGCUGGGAGUUUGAAUUUUGGGGUAGUAACAGGAUGAGACGGGGGAGGGGGGGAGAGAUGGGUUUGGGAUGUUAGUGCCAAGGAGCAAUAAAUGUA